UCCCACAUGGCUCGCCAUACCGUUCCCCCGGGCGCACUAGAGAGGCCGUGCCGCUUCCAUCCUCUCCAAAAAGACAAGACGAGGUGCGGGCUUGCCCCAGCUUCCCACUUUUCCUUCUCUUCUCCCCCAUCCUCUCCUCUCCUCUAUCGCGACAUCCGAUUCAGGCACCUCAAUUGCACUGUAUGCUCAAUUUGAAGCGCUCAUAUUCCAAAUUCCCGGCGUCUGGUCAAGCUACCAUGUGUAGUACCGCAGCCUAGACGUCUUUGAUCCUCCAAGACACAUUUGCAUGUCCGCAUCGACAAUCCGUCCUCAUUCAAUUGCCCCGUCUUUUCAAGCGCGUGUCAUAUCUCAAUUCAACAUCGGGACCCUACUGGAUGAGCUAUGGGUUGAAUCAGCUUGCUGGCGACUAGUCAUCGAUCCCGUUGUGGAUAUACUAACCUCAGAUCUCCUUCGCUACCAGGAUCCUCCUACCACCAAAAGGACCAUAUCCCGGGAUUGUUUUGUCGCGCAUCUGGCCUUUGUUUACGCCCUCAGACGAGCGACAUACGUACACACCUACCUUCUCAUGCGGCAUCGUUCCUUCCUUGUCAAUCAACACCCAUCUCUUUGUUAGCAGCCACGCCUCGAUUUCCCGAGGUCCCACCCGAUCGUCAAGACAAAGGCGCAUUGUGCACCCUCAAAGGAAUUUCAUCCCCGAGGAAUCGAAGCUAGCUUAUAUACGCGGUUCAUACAAUUCAAGCCUCGACUCAUACAAGCAUCGCCCCAACAUGUCCACCCCAAACUCACUACGACACGCCCAGUCUGUGGCCUCUACACCAUCGACAACAUCAUCAUCGCCCGCUGCGAGUACCUCGAACAUGGUUGAACCUAAAAGCGAGUAUUUGCGCCAUGCAUUAGAGGCACAGAGGGCCAAACAGACCACUCCCGCUUCCACAUCGUCUCCUGCUCCCAUCGAAUCAAAGCCUUCUGCCCCCGAGGCCGCCAGCCCAAGUACGUCCGAUCCGUGGCUAGAGCAAGCAAAAGACGAAUCAUUUCUCCCCAGGAAUACACCGACCCGUCGUACACGGAGGCCGAGCGACGGAAUGGCGCCCCGGAAGCCCACUAUUCGCGAACAACAGGCCGAGGUGGAUAAGUUGAAAGAAGCGCUGUUCAGUCAGAACAUGAAGCUCGAGCUCAUCAGUAAACAAAACAACGAGUUGAAGGAUGAGAUAGAGGAGGCAAACGAUCGCAUCGCCCAGUUGGAGCAUUUGGAGGAGGAUAAUCAUGAUCUUCGAGAAACAAACAGGCAUCUUGAGGACAAGAUCGAGGACAUCUACGACGAUUACGAGGAAUUGCAGAAGCGGAAUGCAGAUAUCCUACAGAUUCAAGAGGAAAGCGUCCAGAACAUGGAGUUGCAGAACAAUGCUCUAGAAGAAGCCGCAGAGAUCAUUUUCCGGAUGGAACAGCAGAAGGAGUCGCUUGCUCGAGAAAACGCACUGCUUCGGCAGCAAAUGUCGAACUUGCAAGCCCCAACGACCGGAUACCACCAUACUGGCAUGGACGGGGAUACCAAAGGCCCUGCGCGUGUUUACAGUGUUGAUGAAUCGCGACCAUCGACAAGCCACUUCGAUUCCGACUACUACAGUCAGCCUGCAUCACCUCAAGUUGAGGCGAGCAAACAGUCACUACCGUCUGUCACCGUGUCGGAUCGAGCACGUGAUUUUUUGACCUUGAACAAAGUGAGCAAAAAGUCAACACAUGACCUGAAAAAGCGCAUGUCAGAGGCAUCUGUGAAAGUAGCACGAUCAAAAUCGAAAGUCCCGGAGGCACCUCCCACCGCGAAGUCCCAUGCGGAAAGCCGCCCCAUUGUGACUCAACAGCCCGUACGCACACCGAGGCGUACCAGACCAUCUGCGCAACUAUCGCCCUCUGUGGCCGGUUCGUCGAAUUCGAGAAAACAUGAUCAACAAGCUCCUAGCACGCCAACCAAUCAAUCGGAUGGCCUGCGAGGCAUGUUCCGCGAUCAAUUGACUUUGGAUACGUCCUCGCACUCCUCUCAAGGCGCUUCACCCGGCUUCACACAGAGCCCCCUUGAGUCGAAGAAUCUUCGACCAGUUCAAGUCCCCAUUCGAUCUGACCAGGUUCGCCCCAACAGCCGCACCAGACACGAGCGACACAAACCAACUCAUCGGCCAGACUCCGGCCACGGAAGGCAGUCAGAUGACCCCGACUGGGACAAAUACUCUCCCACAGAUUCUGUGGCAACUGAUUUAACAACGGAACCGGAUCGUGAUCCACGCACGCGCUGGUGGAAGACGGUCGACGGGCUGUCUUCGGGUGCAGGUGGCCCUGCGCGUGCUUUGGCUAGGUCUAGAGGUCAGCCAUCACACCUGCAGCCGAAUUCCUCGGGGCAAAACUUUCUCUUUAAUCCUGCCGAGAGCGACGAAGAGUUUAUCGCGAAGCUGAAAAGCCAAAUGCCUUCGCGCCGAGAUCGGUGA